UCACUUUGUUCCCAUGGCAACUGGCCCACACCCGGACAGCCCAGUAAUAUAAUGGAGACAGAUGGUUCUGAUGUUGCUAUUCGUCGACAAAAGCCUUCGGAGAAACUAAACCUCCACACCUCAACGGGCUUGCCUCCAAUAGACAGCUCUACACUCAUAAGCCUUGCUGAUGUUGGACAAAGAGGCUUUUCACGGAAGCUACACGAAAUGGUGAGACAGCAAAAAGAGAUGGAGUCAUGCUCCAAUGGAGAGACAAGGGGAAGGAAGAGGAGGGAAAAGGUAGAGCUCAAGAAUUGGAAGCAGAUGACACCAGCAGAGCUCAGCAAGCUAACACCAAUGCAAAAAAGCAGAUACAUGAUGUAUGAACCAACAAGUAAGGAGAUCCUUGAAAAACAAAUGGAGUCCUUGAAGAGGGUUAGAGCUCGAAAACUGCUAGCAAAAGUUGAUGAUCCUGCUCCAUUGCUGAAGAGUUUAAUAGAACACGAAGAAAACAGCGAACUUAUUGGACAACUCAAAGCAGCAGAGGCAAGAUACAGAGUCAGAAACACACAACUCACAUAUGACAUGGAAAGGUCACAAGAAUUACAGCAUCUUAUAGCAUCACAGCAGACUGCACAAGAGGCAGUUCGACUGCAAACUUUUAUACCUCCCACUCCACUUUAUGUUGAAGUACCUGACUACCUUAACAAAACACAAAGAAAUCGCUGUGAGGAAAUAUUAGAAGAUGAUCGUGGGCUAACAAUAUACAGAAACAUUUAAAAAUGACAAUUAAUACAUGUACACAUGUACAAUAAUAAUAAAAUACUAAUAACAUCAAAAACAUAUCAAA